CAAAACACUCCGUAUACUUAUCUGGAUUCAGAUUGAUUAAGAGAAGCUGAUUGAAAAUCUGUCUAUCGGUUAUAUAAAGUAGCAGUCUCCCAUGGCGUGUUAGGUAUUCCGAUUUCACAUAUCAUUGAAUUCGUAUUAGCAAUGAUGAAGAUUCUUUUGGUGGCAUUAGUUUUGGUUGCGGCUGUUAGUGCCCAACGUACCGGACAAUCUACUCGAUACUGGGAUUGUUGCAAACCAUCUUGUUCAUGGUCGGCUAAUGUAGGAAGUCAUAUCAGCAGACCAGUAGCAACAUGUGCUGCAAAUGGAGUUACUGUACUUCCCUUGAACGUACAAAGCGCUUGCAUCGGCGGAAGUGCAUUCGCCUGCAACAAUAACGCUCCUUGGGCUGUAAAUGAUAAUUUGGCUUACGGUUUCGCUGCUGCUGUUAUUGCUGGACAGACACAAUACGACUGGUGUUGCAGCUGCUACGAAUUGACUUUCACAAGUGGCCCAGUUGUCGGCAAAAGAAUGAUUGUUCAAGUAACAAACACCGGUCACGAUCUUGGCUACGAUCAUUUCGAUAUUCAAAUCCCCGGAGGUGGCGUUGGAUAUUUCAAUCAAGGAUGCAUGGCUCAAUGGAACACUGGACCUGAUGGAUGGGGAGCACGAUAUGGUGGUGUAAGUUCUGAAGCCCAAUGCUCUCAACUUCCAGCAGUGCUACAAGAUGGAUGUAGAUGGAGAUGGCAAUGGUUUAACGGUGCAGACAAUCCAUUCUUCAGUUUUACUCAAGUUGCGUGUCCGGCCGAAAUUCUUCAAAGAAGUCAAUGUCAAUAAUUUGUUUUUUAUCAUCUCUAAUUGUGCUAAUAAGCAAAAUUGGAAAAUAAAGAAAAUUGGCAAGAAUAGCAAAGAAAGCAAAGAAAA